ACCUUUCCUGCAAGAGAGGGAAGAGGGCAAGCAACUGAGACAGUCACUUUUUGGAGCUCCUGGGAUCAGAGCUGUCCCGGACAGUGCUUCGGACGCAUCUAAUCCAGAAAAACCUGCUGGGAUCUCCUUCACUAUAUAAAAAAAAACCUUUUUGUUGCUGAUCGAGGCAGAAACAUGCUGAGUAAAGAUCUUCCAGACAUUGAGAGUAUUCUGGCUCUCAAUCCCAGAGUAAAGACACACGCACAGAUCACAUCUACAGCCAGCAAGAAGAAGGAAAAGAAACACUGGAAGAGAAACCCUGAAAAGAAUUGUGAUUUCUGUGUAAAGUUGGAGAACAACUUUGAUGACAUUAAGCACACAACACUGAGUGAGAGGGGAGCUCUACGAGAAGCGUACAGGUGUCUGAAAUGUGCCGAUGCUCCCUGUCAGAAGAGCUGUCCGACCAACCUGGACAUCAAAGCUUUUAUAACAAGCAUCGCCAACAAGAAUUACUAUGGGGCAGCACGAGUCAUUCUGUCUGACAAUCCUCUGGGUUUGACCUGUGGGAUGGUUUGUCCCACAUCCGAGCUGUGUGUCGGGGGCUGCAACCUCUAUGCUUCAGAGGAAGGACCCAUAAACAUCGGAGGACUGCAGCAGUUUGCCACUGAGGUAUUCAGUCAAAUGGGAAUCCCUCAGAUCAGGAGUCCUGAACUCCCACCACCCAAUGAAAUGCCAGAAUCGUAUCACUCACCUGUUGCUAUGAUUGGCUGUGGCCCAGCAUCGAUCAGCUGUGCUUCUUUCCUAGCUCGCCUUGGCUAUGACAACAUCACUAUUUUUGAGAAACAGCAGUACAUCGGAGGGCUCAGCACUUCAGAAAUCCCUCAGUUUCGUCUUCCUUAUGAGGUAGUCCAGUUUGAAAUAGAGUUAAUGAAGGAUCUGGGAGUCAAGGUAGUUUGCGAGAAAGGUUUAGGAGUGAAUGGAAUGACUCUGACAUCGCUGAAGAAGGAGGGAUUUAAAGCUGUUUUCAUUGGAAUUGGUCUCCCCCAGGCCAACAGAGCAAAAAUCUUUCAGGGUUUAACUGGGGAUCAAGGCUUCUUCACUUCCAAAGACUUCCUUCCUUUGGUGGCUUCUGCAAGCAAGAAAGGCAUGUGCCAGUGCCGCUCUGCUCUGCCGGAGUUGAGAGGAGCGGUGAUUGUUUUAGGGGCCGGUGACACUGCGUUUGAUUGUGCCACCUCAGCUCUUCGCUGUGGAGCCAGAAGGGUGUAUGUCUGCUUCAGGAAAGGAUUCACCAACAUCAGAGCAGUUCCUGAGGAGAUGGAGCUGGCGAAGGAGGAGAAGUGCGAGUUCCUGCCUUUCCUGUCUCCUCGUGAAGUCAUCAUGAAGAAUGGAAGGGUUGCCGGGUUACAGUUCUGCCGCACUGAGCAGACGGAGGAAGGGGACUGGGUGGAGGAUGAAGAGCAAGUUGUUAAGCUGAAGGCUGAUUACAUCAUUAGCGCUUUUGGGUCAAUUCUGAACGAUCCAAAAGUGACUGAAGCCAUGGCUCCUGUGAAGCUGUCUCACUGGGGGACUCCAGAAGUGAACACUGAGACCAUGCAGACCAGUGAGCCAUGGGUGUUUGCAGGCGGAGACGUUGCAGGUUUGGCAAACACCACUGUGGAGUCUGUGAACGAUGGCAAACAAGCCUCGUGGCACAUCCACAGAUACAUACAGUCUCUUUAUGGACAGACAGUAGAAACAGCCCCAAAGCUGCCGUUGUUCUACAGUGCAAUAGACCAGGUGGACAUCAGUGUUGAGAUGUGUGGGAUAAAAUUCCCAAAUCCGUUCGGCCUUGCUUCUGCUCCUCCAACCACCAGCACGGCUAUGAUUAGAAGAGCUUUCGAACAAGGUUGGGGCUUCGCUCUGACCAAGACAUUUGGACUGGAUAAGGACCUGGUGACAAACGUGUCUCCUCGAAUCGUACGUGGAACCACCUCAGGUCCUCUGUAUGGACCAGGUCUGGGCUCCUUCCUCAACAUUGAGCUCAUCAGUGAGAAAACUGCAGCAUACUGGUGUCAGUCUGUCGCAGAACUCAAGAAAGACUUCCCUAAAAAUGUGGUGAUCUCCAGUAUUAUGUGUGCUUACAACAAGGAUGACUGGACAGUCCUGGCAAAGAUGGCAGAGGCCUCAGGAGCAGAUGCUCUGGAGCUGAACCUGUCGUGUCCCCAUGGGAUGGGGGAGAGGGGCAUGGGGUUGGCCUGUGGUCAGGACCCUGUGUUGGUGCGAAACAUAUGCCGGUGGGUGCGAGCUGCGGUUUCCAUUCCGUUUUUUGCCAAACUGACACCAAAUGUGACCAAUAUUGUUGACAUCGCCAAAGCUGCCCAUGAAGGCGGCGCAGAUGGAGUCACGGCCACCAACACGGUCUCAGGCUUGAUGGGACUGAAGGCUGACAGCUCUCCCUGGCCGGGUGUUGGUGCAGCCAAGCGCACCACAUAUGGAGGGGUGUCGGGUAAUGCCAUUAGACCGAUCGCUCUCAAAGCAGUGUCAGCCAUUGCUAAAGCAAUCCCAGGUUUCCCUAUUCUGGCCACCGGAGGGAUUGACUCUGCAGAAACUGGGCUGCAGUUUCUUCAUGCAGGGGCGUCUGUGCUGCAGGUUUGCAGUGCAAUCCAGAACCAGGACUUCACAGUGAUUGAAGAUUACUGUUUGGGGCUGAAGGCCUUGUUGUACCUGAAGAGCCUGGAACUGAAGGACUGGGAUGGUCAGUCUCCUCCAACUCAGAAGCAUCAGAAAGGAAAAUCUGUUCCCAAAGUACAAGAGCUAGUUGGCAAGGGACUCCCCAGCUUUGGCCCAUACCUCCAGCAAAAGACCGAAGCUAUUGCAAAGUACAAGAAAAAGCUCAGAGAUGCUGGUGAAACAGAUGUAAAGCAGCCCAACAUCAGCAGAAUCAACACCCCCCCAAAGCCUGUUCCUGCAGUCAAGGAUGUGAUAGCCAGAGCAUUACGCCACAUUGGAGCAUACCAGGAACUUGACAACAUGGAGCAGGUCCAGGCUUUGAUAGAUGAAGAUAUGUGCAUCAACUGUGGUAAAUGUUAUAUGACCUGCAAUGACUCUGGAUACCAGGCUAUACAGUUCGACCCAGAGACCCACCUUCCUUUUGUGACUGACAGCUGCACAGGUUGCACUUUGUGCCUCACUGUGUGUCCAAUCAUAGACUGCAUCCAGAUGGUUACCAGGAAGACACCUCACAUACCACAGAGGGGUAUACCGAUAAAUCCUGUCUGCUGAACAGAUUGAGAAAAAAUCUAUGUUUUUCACCUACAUAGUUUGGAAGAUCAAUAUUUCAUUAAGCAGUUACUUUUAAUGGUAAAAAAAUAGGGGUAUAAUGAUUCAUUUUAACAACGAUUGAUUUUGUAAUUUGUAGUUGCCGACCUGAUUCCUAGUCGAUAUUGAUUCACUGACCUAAAAUCGAUCCAGGAUAUAUUUACAUUCCUUGUAUUUCUUGCAAGAUAACCAAGUUUAAAUAUGUGUACAAAUACUCUUAAAAUAUUUCCAUGUAAUUAUAUAUUUUGAUUUAAUAAAAUCCUUAAA